AUGCUUUCGCAAAACACCUACACUCCUAUGACUGAGACCACUGAGGAUGGUUGGCCUUUGAAAUUACGCCGGCUUAGUCGUUCUAUUCUAUCACGCCCCUCUCAAAAGCCCGCUGGUUCUCGAAAAGCACCUCCUCGGCUCCACGAUCGACCUGUCUUAGUCGAAAACUCGGAGUCAGAGUUGUUGGAUAUCCUGUCUUCGACAAUCAAUACCACACCAGCUCUCAACGCGAGACCCGUGCAUCAACAUCAACGUCAAAAUACCUUGGAAGAUCCUAGAAGAUUUAAUGUCCUUGAUCACAAAGCGUCUCAGAAGUCCGUUUUGUUCAGAGCCAGUAUGUUUGGAAGUCUCAAAAGGAAAAAGGCUACCCGGCCAAGUACCAGUCCCAAUCCAGCCCCCACGACUAGAGAAACACCCACACAGUGUAGUAUCAUUAGAGAACGCACGUCUCUGGACAUGAUCAACAACCUCACUUCCAAUCCCUACAAUGAUUCCAGACCUGCAACACCGAAACCCAAGAGCAAGUCUCGGGAUAGUUCUCCUGUUCGCGCUGCAAAAUCCAUGGGAAGGAAAUUAUCAAUGAAAUUUUCGAGAAAGGCAAGGAAAGCAGAGAAUGGGAAAUUAGAGAAUGAGAAAGCAGAGAAUGAUAUGGAGAAAGGUGCAGGCUAUCCAAUUGACAUCAAAAUGGUGAUGUCGGAUCCUGUAGAGCUUCAUCCCGCGGUUAUAGCUGAAACACCUCCAUCUGAACCUUUCCUUUCACCAACGCCUCUACGAAGUAAUUUUUCCCGUAAAGAUCUUCGACGACCCAAUACAUCCGCAUCAACUUCCACCUCAAUGUCGAACUCAGCAGCAUCAACUUGUGGUAUUGCACCUUUAUCAAUCAAGAAAGCAUACUCCACUUCAACCCUUCGAAGUAACCAAAGGAUUGCUACGGACCUUCCGGUAAUGGAAGUACAAGCAGUUAGAUCGCCGCCGCCCAAUUACAAUGCUUCGAUGGAUUUUCCUACGAAGUUGGAUAAAGUCCCCGAAGUAGAUUUGGCUCAACAUCCUGCAUUAUCUCGUGUGUCAACAUGCAGAGCAUCUCAAUCGCAACCCGAGUUAGAGCGAUAUCCUGCUUCCUUCAGUAAGUCAGUGUUGAGCGAAUUUCAAUCUGAAGCCGAUUUCACAGCUUCUGUUCGACCACAAACCCGCAGCAGCAAUGCUCCUCGUAACUCUAUGGCCACAACCGUUCGUCCCUCUUUCGAUCCUUCUGAUAUCUGUGAAAUAACAACCCAAAACACCCAUGAUACUGUCGCCCCUCUCCUCAUUCGCAAGGGACCUGAUGAAAGUACCCCAAAACGUUUAUCUUCCCUCAGGCGCUCUCUGUCAGACUUCAAGUCAUCACGCCCAACACCUACUCGUUCCCAAACGCAAGGAGUUGAUCUUUCUGAACAAAUGGGUCUAGCUCCAAAGGUCAAACGCUCAAGCAGCACGCGCUCAAAGACUUAUUAUACGUUAGGGAGUACCGAGGCACCCGUUCCAGGCAUAGGCAGGAGCGCGACUGUAAGGAAUGCGAAACGCAAUUCAACGAUGUCAAAUCGAAGACAAUCACAAGUUUCAAAUGAAGCACCUCUUUCUGUUUUGCCUUCUCCUACAUCUUCCGAACCACGAAACUCUAUGGCAACUAUCAGAACUGUACCUUAUGAGAUAGAAUUUCUACCCAUCAAAGCCAGUCCGAGUCGUGUGAAGAACGCUCCUAAACCUGAUACAUUACGCUCUCAAAUCAACGCUCCAGUGUUGGUCGAGGAGAAAAAACGUGCCCAAACACCGCGUCGAUCCAAGAGACCCGAUUACUUGAAAAUGUUUGAUGUGCCUAAUUUGAUGAUGGAUUGUGGAGGUUAUGACGAGUAUAGUUAUUCCGAAUAUACGUACUCUGAAUAUGCGCCAUACUCGACUGGAGAGAUGAUCAAGAGAGUUUCUAUGACGGUCACAAAACAAUGCUCUGAUUCUGGAAAUGUGAGAGAUGGAGAAUUUGAGAAAUUCAUGGAGAAUGCGAAGAAGGUGGCUAGGGAGGAGAAACCAAGAGUCAUGGGGAGAGAUGGAGUUGUGGGUGAGAACAUCAGGGGGAUGGAGAGGAAGAGAACUGUUUGGGGAAGCUUGAGAAGAGGGGAUCGCUACGAAACGACGAAGGCUGUGAGAGCUUGA